AAUUUUAUACACUUUGAAAGAUGGUCAUAAUUAUCGCAUUUCAAAAUAAUGACUAAAUUGUGGAUUCAAUUGAUUAGAAAAUGAGUCGAUAUAAAUCGUCAUUAAAUUUAAUUCAAGAGCGUUCAUUCGUUGCUUGGACCAGGGCUGAAAAGAAACGAUGGCUUCUAACUUUAAUGAUAGGAACAGCUGCAGCGUAUGCAACACGUACAUCGUUACCAAUUUUAUUACCGGCGAUCAGCAAAGAACGACAUUGGAGCAAAAAAGAAUCGGGUGCUUUAUUAUCAGCCUUUUUUUGGGGUUACACGUUAACACAAGUAGCUGGUGGAUACUUGAGUGAUAGAAUAGGUGGUCUUAGAGUAAUAUUUAUCUCGGCUAUUGGAUGGUCGUUAUUGACUUUCACAAUGCCCUUUAGUAUUAGGUUUAUAGAAGAUCCCGAUCAAUCGGUACAGUUUAUUGUGCUGAUACGAAUCUUGAAUGGUGCAUUUCAAGGUGUUCAUUUUCCAAGUAUGAUUAGUUUAACUAGUCAAAAAUUACCUGAAAUGGAAAGAUCAUCAUUUUUUAGUGCUGUUACUGCAGGAUCGGCGAUUGGUACAUUAGUUAGUGGUACUUUAGGCUCUUAUUUUUUAGAAACGUUUGGAUGGCCUAUUGUUUUUUAUAUGCUAGGAUCAUUAGCAUUUUUAUGGGCUUUACUUUUGCGGUUUCAAAUGUUGAAGUCUGAUUAUAAAGAGAGUCCAAUUAUUCCAGAAAAACAAAAUCGUAAUGUACCAUGGUUACGAUUACUCUGGUGUCAACCAUUUUGGGCUUGUGUUACAGCACAUGCAUGCCAAAUGAAUUGUUUUUUUGUGAUGAUGUCUUGGUUGCCAACAUACUUUCACGAUAAUUUUCCUGAUCAAAAACGUUGGGUCGUUAAUAUGGUGCCAUGGUUGUUUUUAAUGCCAUGUACAUUUAUUGCUAAGGCAAUAAGUGAACGAUUAUUAAGAUCCGGUAAAAGUACAACGGAAACACGAAAAAUAAUAGAAUCUAUAUGUUUUAUAGCCCAAAUAUCAGGUCUAGCUGGAUUAGCCGGAUCACAUGGAAGUUUUGGAGCUGCAUUAUUUUGCUCUGGAUUAAUAAUUGGUGCUGCCGGUUUUCAUAAUACAUCUGUUGCUGUAAAUGCACAAGAUUUAGCACCAAGACAUGCUGGAAGUGCUUUUGGUUUGGUAAAUACAUUAGGUGCAAUACCUGGAUUUUUAGGAGUAUUAUUUGCCGGUCAUUUGUUACAUGCGUAUCAUUCAUGGCCGGUGUUGUUUCGACUUACCGCCGGUAUUGAUUUAAUUGGUUGGGCUGUGUUUGUACUCUAUGGGAGUGCUGAAUCUGUCAUUUGAGAAGUAUUAUUAAUUAUAUUUGUAAACUAAUCUUUUUAAAAUGACCCCUUAGAAUUUUUUGCUAGCAAAUUAUACUCAUUUGCUAUCGAGUUUAUUAUAAAAGAUAAUACAUGGUAAGUGGAGAAGAAUAUACUAAAUUCGAGAAGCAUGUUGGACACAUGAAAAUGAUAUUCAAUUUAAAUAGAGGAAAAAUGGUUGGGAUUCGUUUUUACAUAGAAAUAAAAUUAUAAGAAAUUUUGAAUUGUUUAUAGUUAAAAACUUUAUACGUGGAAAUUCAAAGGUGAAUUUUGAAUUGUUUUUAAUUAUUUUUAUGUGUACGAUAUAU